CGGGCGCUUCCGUUGCGGCGCGGGGAGGCUGCGGGUGCCGGCGGCGGGUCGCUGCGGCUGAGCUUUGUCACAGCACAAGAAGAAGCCGCCAUGGUGUGCAUCCCUUGUAUUGUCAUUCCUGUUCUCCUCUGGGUCUACAAGAAAUUCCUGGAACCAUAUAUCUAUCCUGUUAUUGCACCUUUCAUCAAGCGUGUAUGGCCCAAGAAAGCUGUGCAUGAACCAGCAGCCACGAAAGAAGGGCAAGGAGGCAGCGCUGGAAACCCACGGGCACCUUCAGCCUUGAAAAGAGAUCAGGAGGAUGAAUUUGGAAUUUAUAAAUUUGAAAGCAACGGCCUUGCAAAUGGAAUUGCUGCAAAGAGAUCCACAGACGUUUCUGACAAGAAAACAGAUUAAAGGAAUUCCUUCAUAAGGAUUUAAUUCCCUUGUGUCUAACAUGAACUGGUGAUAUUUCUCUCACUUUGAGACUUUUUUUCCUUGCACAUUUUUGCUGAAUAAAAACUUAUAGGAGAGGUUCUGUUUUGCCACUAACAUGGCAGCUAGCAUAUUUCUUAAUUUAAACUGCUUGAAAACUGAAGUUCUUUCUUUUCUUUUCUUCACUGUAAUUAAUUUUCAACUGUUACUAUUCAGUGUGAUUAGAGAUUAGGUAAAUAAUUUAUGAAUAAAUCUAGGUUUGGAAGUCAAAUGUUAUCUUAGCAUCUUAGUUUCACUAACUGCUAGUGCAGUACUUCAGGCUUUCACCUUUAAAAACUGUAGCUGUACUUGACCUUGCUGAGGAGUUAUGAAUUGCAUUUGGCAAUGUAAAUGUCAUGGUGAAGUUAUGAAGACCAUAGAUAUUUAAUGUAAAAUCUGUGAAUGAGCUAAAGGAGAAGAAUUUACUUUGCUAAAUAAAAAGCAGGAAGUCUUGAUUUGA